AAAAAAAAAAAGCGGAAAUCAACCUGGUCACGUGACGUUGUUCGCGCAGACUCAGUGCAUGUGUCUCGAGAGUGGGCAUUUCCGUCAGGUCGGAAAUACUUCGGAUACUUCAAUUGAAAUUUACUAGGGAAGAGACGGCGAAAAAAGUAGUUUAACUUCACUAAAGCUUGUUAUACGGCUCUUUCGUCGCUAAUUGCAGCUAAAGCCAGUCGCCGAGAGAAAGCAACACUUUACGCCUGGACACGACAAAUAUCUGGGGAGCAGUGAGCAGCAGCGGUGGCCGCGCCCCAAAAUGAUUUGGUGAUUUAAACCCCAAUUUCAACCCUUGAUGCUGAGUGCCAAGCAGGGAGGUCGACAAGAGCCUGAAUCAUGAGAUUUACAGGUUUGGCAGUGCUGCUGUUGGUGGGAUUCACCUUGCUGCUUGUAAACAGCUUGUUUGGAGGUGGAAACGGUACAGUUGUGCACCAUUUUUUCAAUAGUGAAAGUCAGGGACCAACAACUGCUGAAGUGCGACCACGGCGGUAUAAAUGUGGCCUUUCAGCACCAUGUCCCUCCAAACACCUGGCUUUCCGUCUGGUAUCUGGAGCUGCCAAUGUCAUUGGGCCCAAAAUCUGUCUGGAGGAUAAAAUGUUAUUAAGCAGUGUAAAGAACAAUGUUGGCCGAGGACUAAACAUCGCUUUGGUGAAUGGGGUCUCUGGGGAACUCCUGGAAACAAAAAGCUUCGACAUGUGGGCAGGAGAUGUUUCGGACUUAUUGAAGUUUCUGAGGCCUCUCCAUGAGGGAACACUGGUGUUUGUGGCCUCCUUUGACGAUCCAGCUUCCAAGCUGAAUGACGAAUCUCGCCGACUGUUUGAGGAGCUCGGGAGCACAGCCGUGAAGGACCUGGCCUUUCGGGACAGCUGGGUGUUUGUCGGUGCCAAGGGAAUCGAGAAUAAGAGUCCAUUUGAGCAGCGUAUGAAGAACAGUAAAACCGGCAACAAGUACGAAGGUUGGCCAGAGUCUCUGGAGAUGGAUGGCUGUAUUCCCUUAAGACCACCCCUGGAAAAUUAAUUCAGCCCUGUCAACAUAUGAGGUACCCAGUUUAGAUACACACCGCCUGACUGUUGGAAAGCUAAGACUGAAAACAUCCUAGUUUUCUCUUAUGGGAUCUUGGGACCUGAUAUAUGUAAAUGCAGACGUAGUUGUGGAAGAGUUUCCUGGUGUGGAAUGGAAGCCAUCUGAGUGUGAGGUUCUUCUAGAGAGGUGAAGAAGUGCAUGAUGAAAAAUGUAACAUGAAGAUGAGUAGGUCUUCCAGAGCUCUUUGGAGAAAGUAAUAGAUUUUGUCUCUGCUACAAAAUCUGCAAAGAGUUCUAAGAACUUGCACCACAUCUUAAGUUUUCUCAAAACACUUGGUUUCAUGAAGGUGACAAGUAAACAUAAUCAGCAGGAGAAAUAUGUGCUGUACUGCGGAAGCUUAAAUGUAAACAUCAUAUUUUUUAUUAAAGUUAAAUAUUUUUAAUGCUAUUAUAAUUAUUUCUGUGAAAUUAUGCAUAGUAAUAGCAGCCAUUGUUCUGUUAGAACCUGAUGCACGAGCUUACUGUUUACAGAUAUUGCUUGACAAUUGGGUUGUUGACUUUGAUAAAAAAAAAUAUUUAUUAUAACACACAACACAGGAGGUUUAUCAUAUGGGUUCACUUGGACACUGCUACACAUUUUAAUAAUUUUUUAUGCUGGAUGUUAUUUGUCCGCUGCUUUGAGCUUGGUUUGACAAUGUAUAUAUACACGUGUGAAUGUUUUUAAAAUGCUGACUGUAUCCACAAGGUCUAAUGUAUUACAAUUAUUUAAAUGCAUUGAAAAAAUAUUAUUGCUGUUUUAUAUGUAAGUUUUUCUUUUUGUUGUCUUUACGUGCUGACAAUUUUAUACAAAGCUUUGUUUGUUUCUCAAUAAAAUAAUUGCAUGCUU